CACUUAUGCUACGAGUGUAGUUGUAACAUCUAGCUCUCCUCGCUCAUCUUUGUUCUCGCUCACCUUACGUCUCUGUAUCAGCUUCCACAAGCAAAGAACCCACACGUACAUCGGUCAUCAGUCACGUGAUACUGAAAAAUGUGGAGGUUUGACGGCAUCAUUAUAGCUAAGGGGUUUGAGGCAUGGGAGCAGCAGCAGGAGGAAAUCGAGAGAAAAGCAGCAGAGGUACUGAAUGCGAAUGCUGCCACUUUAGUUUUCUACCCUUCUUGUCACUCUUUUCUGGAGAAACACGAGAAAAUUGUAAUUGGUCGUCGGCGUAAACUGAUCAAGGGGCUACUUAUUCAAGAACGAUUAAAAAGAAAAUAUGACUUGCAAGAUGACAGCAAGGUUGCAGACACAGCGAGUAUUGAGGCAGUCAGUACAUCAAAGUUGAUGCUUUCAAAUGCAGAUAAGGAUAAAGAUACAAAAUUGUCUAUUGCUUUGUCUUGCUCAUAACAUGGUGGAGCGUAAGCCAUCCUACUGAGGUGGAAUAACAGAGUUUCGCUGCUUUCAGCAGUGAGACCAUACUUACUGUCUCUCGUCCAUCUUGACCAAGCCUGCUCCCUGUGAAAGUCGCAGAGGUAGACAGUGGACUCAGGAAAUGCAAAGUUGAGAGCAGCUAUCUGUGGCUCAGAAUAGUCACUAAUUCAAAAUCUAGGCUUCCACAUUGGACUCCACGAAUACAGUACUGACAGUGCCUCGGUUAUCUGCUCCACUCGUUCGUAUUGAACAAUAAAGUCAGCGACCACCAUGUGGUGUCUAUUAGACAGAUGAUGUUGCCAUACCGUGUGAGUAAAUUCAGUUGCCAAGGUCCCUGGUGUACAUACAGCAACUCUGCUUACUAUCAUCAGAUGAAUGACCCUGCAGUGACUUGAAUUGUGAUUUGGUAUCAGAAAGAACCUGUUUGAUGGAAAUUUUGGCCUUUUUGAAAGGCUGGAAGAAAAGCUUAGCACUUGCAGACUCUGGUUCCCACUGCUUAAUUUUUUAAGUGCAAGUUUUCUUGAUCUAUGUUGGAGAGCUUGAGACCCUGCUAGACUAGGUAGAUGUGAUUUUUGAUGUCAUUGCCUGUUGGAUAGAAAUCUCUGUUAGUCUCAUUCGGUUUGAUGCCCCCUGCUAUAGUUAGCUUUGUUUGGACAAAUCUUUUUAGAGAAGAUCGGACGUCUCUCACUUUUGUGAUACCACAGUAAACAAUUAAUUUUAUUUCCUGGAUAACUAAAGA